AUGGAUAGUGUCGCGGUGGACAGACUGGUUCAAGAGCUAUCGGCAGGCUUCGGAGCAUUGCAGGACGAAUAUCAGAAACUGUAUGGGCAGCACCAGGCCCUGGAACGGAAGCUUGCGAAUGCGCGGGAGCAGUACAAUGAACUUGCGAAGCUCUGCAGCUCUGAACAGACGGCCACGCCACCUUUGAGCCUCACUUCUUCUCCGGGACAGCCGAAUCAAGACAUAUUUGCACCGAGAACCGUCGCCGAGAUCUUGGAUACGAGACCAGACAUCCACGCAAAAGACGCGGCGAACAAGGUCAGGUCUGCAAUAUCAGCUGCCCAGCAACUCAGCAGCAGCCUUUCCUUGGACACAGCCGCUCAUGGCGUGAAGAUCUGGUCAGGGCCUUCUGCAGACAAACCAGAAGGCUCCAGCUCGGUGAUGCCAUCGAUAUCCGAGUCGCCUUUGGAACAAGACUUUACUGUUGAGGGCAAACCUAGUCAACUUGGCUGCCCCUUCGCGGCCAUGGCGAAGAAGAAGAAGCUGAGCUCGCAUGCUGCCGGCGUGCUGAGCCGAUACGAGAGGAAUGCACCGAAUGGAAGUGUCGCUGCAAGCACGCGAGUAAGUCAGAGCAGUUACGUGAACGGACGGGAUAGCUUUUCGCGUAGAGGGAGCAGGAGAGCAAGCUUCUUUGAUCCCAUCAAAGCUGAAAUCUGCGGUCUCUCUGAUCACUACAGUGCUUCUCCCGCAGCAUCUCCGGUAGCAGAGCAGGCUCCCAGCAAAGUUCCAGAGCAGCCACAGAUUGAGAAUGCCGAGGUUGGCGUAUGUCCGAUCCGCUUCUUAGAUCAGCAUUCGCCCGAAGAGGUGGCGACUUAUUUUGAGAGACACAAGAACGAGCUGCCUCGAAGUCACGAGGUAUGCAUCUUACGAUAUCAGAGCAACGAAGAACAGAUCAAGCAGUUGGACGCCAAGUACGGUAAUCUCGUCUCGAUGAUUCAAGGCUUGGGUCAGAAACAUAAGGAAAUGCUGCCAGAGGAGCCCGAUCCGGAGGAGCAAGACGACGAACGAUAUGACGAUGCAGUCAGUGACGAGAAGAUUCGCAAGUGGGCUAGAAGUAUUAGCGCACAGGCACCAGAAGCUGGAGAUGUGGAGCGAGAGGGAGAGGAAGAUCGACUUCCACAUUUCGAACGUCCUGUGCGAGAGAUUCGUGUCGGAGAAUCGCCCAGCAGACCUUGGGGGAUACCGGUGCCGGCACGAUAUGACGACAAACCUGAGAGUGAGCGCAGUAGCCAACCAGUUCAAGUUGAUUCAUCUGCACUUCAAAGUGCCAAGCAGCCUGCCCCAGAAUCCAAGGCAGACCCGAAGCCUGCUGGAAAGUGCCCGUUUGACCACAGGGCACUGCAAGCCAUGGGCAUGAGUAGGCCUCAGCCUGGUCAGCCUAAAUCGCAAGAGCCUGCCACUCGAGCGCAGAAGCCAGAGCCAGAGCCUGCUACGGAGAAAGAGAAAGCGAAGCCUCAGCCAGCACCCCGUACUUCAACACCUCAAAAUUCGGCCACUCCACAGAUUGUCAUCAAUGGACCACUGUUCAUCGGCUACAGCCCCGAGGACGCCAUCAGAAUCCUUAGUGAAACUGGAUUGAAGAUGGGUUGA